AACGGUUGAACAUGACUUUCGUGUCAGUCAAGGCCCCGCUUCGCCUCUCUCGAAGGGGAGCAAUGCCAGCUCCGUUAGCUUAUUUAUUCCCCGCAAGGCUUCAACUGAAAAACGAGACUCGAAAGAAUAGAAAAGAUAUCCUCAAUAGCUGUAUCUUUGUGAGCAAUCAGAAAGAACAACCCCCAAAGCAUCCCCAAACAGCGCUUCUACAGGUAGUUGCUAGGUAGUCUACAUUACGGUAGAUCAGAGAGAAUUGAAAAGAUGGACAGCAGCUCCAGGCGUCACGGAAUGGACAAAUCCUUGAGGGAGGAGUAUGACGAGGAGGCGGCCGAGAACAAGAAGUUGAGGAACCAACGUGAUGAAGCACAGAAGGUGUACUUGGAGAUGGCAGACGAGCGCUUGGAGGCUCAGAGUGCCAUGUUUGCUGUCCUUGACAUUAUCGGGAAGAGUGAAUGGCGCAAGAAACAGCCAACAGACAAACUGGUGGAUGAUGCCUACAAACUCUCUGAGGAAUGCCAAGCAAGGGCCAGAACCCAAAUGGACAAGCUGGAGCAGGCCACGGAGAGAGAUAUGAGGAUCACCAAAGCAGAGAACGAUGAAGGCAUGAACGACAUGAGUGCUGCCUCGCAAUUGGAAGACACUACCAAUCAGUUUAUCCGCCAAAACAAACAGUUCAUCAGAGACAUCAAGAAUCGUCAAGACUACUUGGCCGGUGAAACUAAAACCAAAGAAGAUUUUGUGAAUGCCACCAAGAAGGUUAUUGCCACGUUGAAGAAAGAGUGUGAUGACAAGGAUCUAAUUGCAAAGGUGGAAAAAGCUGCUAUGCUCAGCUGAGGUAUCUUUUUACCGCGACAAUUUACAUGUCUUGUACUUUCCCAUUGAUUUUUUUGUAGGAGGGAUGAUUUGAAAUUAUACCCCCUCUCGUGUGCGGAAGAAUGUUGUGGCCGCCCCCAUUGGUCCUGGAUAUUGAAUGAUUUUGGAAGCUUGUGCCAGCGGAGCUCUAAAAUUUCUUAACUUAAUAAAAAAAGAUGUUUCAUAAGU